AUGUCGAAGUUGUGGCUUAUCCUUGCGAUCGUGUUUCUGGUCAGCCAAACAACGGUGCCAGUUACCGGUAAUCCAGUGGGUGCUUCCGGCAAAGCGAAAAGCACUGCAGGAGACGACUCGACAUUCGGCUCUGGUGAUGCCGAUGCAGGAAGAACGUCAGGAGCUCGAGUCGACUCGGGAAGCGGCUCUGGUGAUGGCGAUGCCGGAAGUACGCCAGGAGACACCUCGACAAGCGGCUCUAGUGAUGACGAUGCAGGAAGAACGUCAGGAGACGACUCGGCAAGCGUCUCUGGUGAUGACGAUAUAGAAAGCGUGUCAGGAGACACCUCGACAAGCGGCUCUGGUGACGAUGUGGGAAGCGCGUCAGGAAGCGACUCAGCAAGCGGCUCUAGUGACGAUGUGGGAAGCGCGUCAGGAAGCGACUCAGCAAGCGGCUCUGGUGACGAUGUGGGAAGCGCGUCAAGAAGCGACUCGGCAAGCGGCUCUGGUGACGAUGUGGGAAGCGGGUCAGGAUCCGGCUCGGCAAGCGGCUCUGGUGACGACGAUGCGGGAAGCGGCUCCUCAGGCGAUGACGAUUCGGGAAGCUGUUCCGCAAGUUUAGGGAACGGCAGGGGCAGGUAUGGAAGCGCUGGUACUUGCAGUUCUUCUAAAGAGGUGCACUACCACAUUCACAUCGACAAUGGGUGCGGGUCCAGGGGCAGGUCCUGUUCUAGUAGAAGCAGCUCGAAGGAGACCCACAUCCAUAUCCACGUGGGAAAUAGCUGCGCAAAUGGCGGUGGCAGUGGUGAAUCGGUAGAGGACGAAUCUGAAGCGUGUGGAUCCGAAGAAGAUGCAUCGGAGGAGAGCCAAUCCGACGAAACUAGCGAAUCAGCGGAAAGCAAUUCCGGAGGCAGCAAUGAAUCUGCAGGCAGCACUGAAUCGGCAGGGAGUGAAUCUGCAGGCAGCACUGAAUCGGCAGGGAGUGAAUCUGCAGGCAGCACUGAAUCAACAGAGAGUGAAUCCGGAGGCAGCACUGAAUCAGCAGAAGAGGAAUCCGGAGAGAGCACUGAAGAGGUGGAAGUGGUAUCCGGAGAGAGCACUGAAGAGGUGGAAGUGGUAUCCGGAGACAGCACUAAAGAGGUGGAAGUGGUAUCCGGAGGCAGCACUGAAGAGGUUGAAGUGGUAUCUGGAGGCAGUACUGAAGAGGUGGAAGUGGUAUCCGGAGGCAGCACUGAAGAGGUGGAAGUGGUAUCCGGAGGCAGCACUGAAGAGGUGGAAGUGGUAUCCGGAGGCAGCACUGAAUCAGCAGAAGAGGAAUCCGGAGACAGCACUGAAGAGGUAGAAGCGGUAUCCGGAGGCAGUACUGACGAAGCAGAAUAGGAAUCCGGAGGCAGUACUUAGAGGCAGAUGAGGAGAGCGGAGACAGCACUGGAUUAACAAUCCUUAGGCAGCACUGAAGAGGUAGAUGGGAAUCCAGAAGCACCAAUUAAUCGGCAUAGUGUGGAACCGGAAGCAGUGCUAAUGUUGACGAAACCACAUCCAAAGAAUUUAUGACUGACAUAUUGAUAUGCUAAACACAUCGCAAGAGAAUUCUUUAGACAGCUUAAUGCAAACUCAAUAUAC